AUGUCUGCUCCACACGGGCCUCGGGGCGGCCCCGGUCCUGCCGCUGCCACAACGGCUGGCGCCAUGCCGGAGAUGCCGGACCUCAGCCACCUCACCGAGGAGGAGAGGAAGAUUAUCCUCGGCGUCAUGGACCGUCAGAAAAAAGAGGAAGCAAAAGAACAGUCGAUGCUAAAGAUCAAAGAAGAACCAAAGCCUCAGCUGGCACAGUGGUUUCCCUUUAGUGGGAUCACUGAGCUGGUAAAUAAUGUUCUUCAACCCCAGCAAAAGUCCCAAAAUGACAUGGAGCCAGAGCCUGACACGAAGUUGCACCAGCAGUUUGAGUCGUAUAAGGACCAAGUGACGAAGAUGGGCGAGGAGUCCAAGCAGACUCAGGACCAGAAGAGUGAAGCCCCCACCUGCGGAAUAUGCCACAAAACCAAGUUUGCGGAUGGCUGUGGCCACCUCUGUUCAUAUUGCCAAACGAAAUUCUGUGCUCGGUGCGGAGGACGCGUGUCUCUGCGGUCAAAUAAGGAGGACAAAGUGGUUAUGUGGGUAUGCAACUUGUGCCGAAAACAACAAGAAAUCCUCACCAAAUCGGGGGCGUGGUUCUACGGCUCGGGGCCUGGCCAGGUACGGGGCGUGUUUGAGGGUGGGCCACAGGGGAAGAAGGCCAAACUGCAGGACCCAUCCUCGUACCCAUACCAGGGAGCCUCAGGGGACUUCUCCACACCAGCGUCAGAUCGAAGCAGACCUCACGGCGGGCUCCUACCCAGACAGGCGUCCCUCGACAACAGUUCAGGGCUUAGGUACUCGGGGCCAGGCGACGCACCCAUAGACAGGAAACGAAGCCCAUCUGCAUCCAGGGAUCCAAACCAAAAAUACGACCAAAGGGAGGGGGGGGACCAUUCACAGUAUGCCCCGGCAGACGGCAGCAUGCCCAGAUCACCGUCUGACUACGGGGAUGGGGACCCUCGGCGGGCUCCGCAGGGCCCGCACAUGUACACGGACGUGGAGGCGUCGCGGGUGGGCUACCGCGAUCGCAGGGGCCCCGGACGCUGGCACUCCCAGGAGUACCCCCUGGACCAGGAGCUAGAUGGGCCACCCAGCGAGUAUGACCUCCAGCGGCAACGCCAGGAGGAGUUCCAGACGCGCUACCGCAGUGACCCGAACCUAGCACGCUACCCGGUGAAGCCACAGCCCUACGAGGAACAGAUGAGAAUGCAUGCCGAGGUGGGCCGCCUGAGGCAUGAGCGCCGCCACAGUGAUGUCUCCCUGGCCUACACAGAGCAAGAUGACCCGGGCCCCAUCCUGCUUUCCCGACAGCAUCUCACUGAGCGCCGGCCACCCAUGGUGGGACAACGCUCUUACUCCGUUGACCGCUCCUCUACAGGUUCCAUGGGGCCUGGCUUGGGGGGUCACCGGACUUCCAACCACAGCCCCCCGACGCCACACCGUAGCCCCGUGCUGGGUGACAGAUCUCGGGACAUACGGCGAGGAGACCUGGGGUUGGGGGGAGAACCUAUGAGGAGGCAGCAACAUCACCUAGAUCCUAGCUCGGCUGUCCGCAAGACCAAGAGGGAGAAGAUGGAGAGCAUGCUGAGGAAUGACUCGCUCAGCUCGGACCAGUCGGAGUCGGUUCGCCCGCCACCUCCGAAGCCCCACAAGACCAAAAAGGGCGGAAAGAUGCGGCAGGUGUCCCUCAGCAGCUCGGAGGAGGAGCUGGCCACCACACCAGAGUACACCAGCUGUGAGGAUGUGGAGAUAGAGAGUGAGUCAGUCAGUGAGAAAGGGGACAGUCAAAGGGGAAAAAGACAAACUAUUGAGCGGGCAUUUAUGUCCGAGCCGACAUGCGCCUUAUCUGAGAGGCAAAAGAAAAUGGUGCGCUUUGGGGGACACUCAUUCGAAGAGGACUUGGCGUGGUGCGAGCCGCAGGUUAAAGACUCGGGCGUUGAUACGUGCAGUAGCACGACCCUAAACGAGGAGCAUAGCCAUAGUGAGAAGCACCCCGUGACAUGGCAGCCAUCCAAAGAUGGGGAUCGCCUAAUAGGGCGCAUUUUGCUCAACAAGCGCAUGAAAGAUGGAAGUGUGCCCCGAGACUCAGGAGCUCUACUUGGACUGAAGGUGGUAGGUGGCAAGAUGACAGAUUCUGGUAGACUUUGUGCUUUCAUCACCAAAGUGAGGAAAGGAAGUCUAGCAGACACUGUCGGGCACCUCAGACCAGGUGAUCAGGUGCUAGAGUGGAAUGGAAGAAUUUUACAAGGAGCCACAUUUAAAGAAGUUUACAAUAUCAUUCUUGAAUCCAAGCCUGAGCCCCAGGUGGAGCUUGUGGUUUCGCGGCCAAUAGGAGAUAUUCCAAGGAUACCCGACAGCACACAUGCACAACUGGAAUCAAGUUCAAGUUCUUUUGAGUCUCAGAAGAUGGAUCGGCCAUCCAUUUCCGUCACCUCCCCCAUGAGUCCCAGUAUGCUGAGGGACGCCCCCCAGUACCUGUCAGGACAGCUCUCAAGCCAAAGCCUUAGUAGAAGAACACCGCCUUUUGCCCCUAGGGUCCAGGUCAAACUUUGGUAUGACAAAGUAGGCCAUCAGUUAAUUGUCACCAUCCUGGGUGCCAAGGACCUGCCACCCAGGGAAGACGGCCGACCCAGGAACCCCUAUGUCAAAAUCUACUUCCUCCCUGAUAGAAGUUUGAAUUAUUGUUCCUCCAGUGACAAAAGCAAGAGGAGAACAAAAACGGUAAAGAAAUCCUUAGAGCCCAAAUGGAACCAGACCUUUAUGUACUCGCCUGUGCACCGGCGGGAGUUCCGGGAGCGCAUGCUGGAGAUCACGCUGUGGGACCAGGCCAGGGUGAGGGAGGAGGAGAGUGAAUUCCUGGGAGAGAUCCUGAUAGAGCUGGAGACAGCCCUUCUGGACGAUGAACCACAUUGGUACAAGCUGCAGACACAUGACGUGUCCUCGGUCCCACUUCCUCGUGCCUCCCCGAACACACAACGCAGACAGCUCCAUGGAGAGAGUCCCACAAGGCGGCUACAGAGAUCGCAGAGGAUUAGUGACAGCGAGAUCUCAGACUAUGACUGUGAAGAUGGUGUCGGGGUUAUAACAGACUAUCGACCAAAUGGCCGAGACCUCCAGAGCUCCACGCUGUCUGUUCCUGAGCAGGUGAUGUCAUCCAACCACUGCUCGAGGUCGGGGGACAUAAAUCGGGCACGUUCACGUUCUCCCAGUGUUCCCCCUCCCUCCAGCCGCAACCACCGUGUGUACCCCAUCUGCCGAGAGGAGGCAGUCAGGUUACUGCGGUCCACUAGGAUGGCUCGCGCCUAUUCUGAGGGCGCCUACUCCUCCGACUAUGACUUUGAGAGGAACCACGGAGCCAUGGAUAGACACGAGUAUCACAGCAGGUCCCGCUCGGCAGACCAGCGGCCCACUAUAGAGCGGCCCACAUCCCGCUCGCGCUCCACUGAACGCCCCCACGACUCGUCGCUCAUGAGGUCCAUGCCAUCUCUACCGUCCGGGAGGUCUGCCCCUCCCUCACCUGCCUUAUCGAGGGCGCAUCCCCGUAGUGGAUCGGUCCAAACCAGUCCCACCAGUACCCCUAUGUCCAGCAGACGAGGACGACAGCUACCCCAGCUUCCACCGACGGGCAAGGAAAGAAAAGAUAGAGGUGAAGGAACAGAGCCUUGUGAAGGUAUGGAAAUGGAGGAGAGAACAAGACAGAUGAAACUAAAGAUGAAUAAGUACAAACAAGGAGCGGGGUCCGACUCCAAACUGGAGCAGGAUUAUCACAAGCAGCGUUCAGGAAGAGAUCCUCGGGGCUCAGAGAACCUUUCGGCGAAGUCGUCGGACAGUGAUGUAAGCGACGUGUCCGCUGUGUCGAGAACCAGUAGCGCCUCUCGAUUCAGCAGCACGAGCUACAUGUCUGUCCAGUCGGAAAGGCUGCAAGGAAACCGCAAGAUCCGUGAAUUACGAUCAAGGAGCCAGUCUGGGGAAGGGGAUGAGCAGAUAGGGGAGGUCCUGGAGGAGGAAGGGAUGGGUGGAGGGGGGAGAGGAGCAGGAGGAGGAGAAGAGAAAGGGAGAGGGGGUAGCAAAGAAGCGGGUCCAUUGGAAGGAAGGAAGGGAUCAGGGGAGAAGGUAGACAGAGAGCAGGAGCAUCAGGAAGAUUUGGUGGAGAAUGAAGAGGACUUACACCAGAGGAGUAUCUCAGAGACUGACCUCAGGCAGAUGGGCCAGUCGGGCGGGGUGAACAUGACCAAGAGCACAAGCAUCAGCGGCGACAUGUGUAACCUGGAGAAGACGGACGGCAGCCAGUCGGACACGGCGGUGGGCACGGUAGGCACUGAUGACAAGAAGAGGCGCUCCAGCAUUGGUGCCAAAAUGCAGGCCAUCGUUGGCAUGUCGCGCAAGAGCCGGAGCACCUCGCAGCUCAGCCAAACAGAAGCAGGCGGUAAGAAGUUACGCAGCACUAUCCAGAGGAGUACGGAGACGGGCCUAGCGGUGGAAAUGAGGAGCAGGAUGACUCGGCAGGCCAGCCGCGAGUCGACUGACGGCAGCAUUAACAGCUACAGCUCUGAGGGAAAUCUCAUCUUCCCCGGUGUGAGGCUCUCCUCAGAUGCCCAGUUCAGUGACUUCCUUGACGGCCUCGGCCCAGCUCAGCUGGUUGGCCGGCAGACAUUGGCAACUCCACCUAUGGGUGACAUCCAGAUUGGCAUGGUGGAGAAGAAAGGAGCGCUGGAGGUGGAGGUCAUCAGGGCCCGUGGCCUUGUGGGAAAACCAGGUUCCAAGGCACUGCCAGCACCAUAUGUAAAGGUCUACCUUUUGGAAAAUGGAGCCUGCAUAGCCAAAAAGAAAACAAAAGUAGCAAGAAAAACCUUGGAUCCUCUUUACCAGCAGCAACUGCCGUUUGAAGAAAGUCCAGGAGGGAAGGUUUUACAGAUCAUUGUAUGGGGGGACUAUGGGCGUAUGGACCAUAAAUCUUUCAUGGGAGCCGUUCAGAUACUCUUAGAUGAGCUGGACCUGUCCAACAUGGUGAUUGGCUGGUUCAAGCUCUUUCCUCCCUCCUCGCUGGUGGAUCCUACUCUGGCUCCCCUGACAAGAAGAGCUUCCCAAUCCUCACUGGACAGUUUCUCUCGAUCAUAGCAGCGUGCGAACUGAGCAUUGUUGUAGCAGCCAGUGUUGCGAUACAGGUCACGCCCCCCCGGUUACACUGCAUGCUUGAUGUUGUGUCUUCUGAGCCUGUUUCUAGGGGCGCAAACGUGAUCCUGUGCUUUCAGCAAAAAUGUCGCACACAUUGUGCCCAUGACAUAGCGUGUGGCGAGCGCCUGGCGGCUGGAAUUGCCGGCUGGUGUUUUUGUUGUCGUUGGAAGAAACUGGAAUGAACUCCUUAGCACGAGGAAUCAGUCAGUUCCAGGUUUUCAUCCAGUUCGAAGCCAUGGGGGUCAGUGCUGGGAACCGAUUAACACGUUCUACAGAAGCCCUUUUUCGAAUGAAACAUAAAUGUUCUGCUUUUCGUUUCCUUUUUGUUUUGUUUCUAUUUGUUUUGUUUUUUUCUUUGAUUUUGGUGUAUUUGUAUCUGAAGGGGUAUGACAGUAUUCCUAUCCAGAAGCUUGGUCACGCCACGCCAACAGACCUAGCUGUGUAGAUGGGAGUCUUAGAGACCACUACUUUGGGAGAGGUGUGUAUCAGCUAGUAUUCACACUGCCCCCAAACACUGGAAAAUGCCCUAGAUAUUGUAGGUGUUAAGUGCUGAAUCAAACCAAACUGGUAGAUCACCAGAGGGACUUAAAGUUAUUUUAAAGGCAAUACCGAAGUGGCUGCCAUCGAUGCUCCAGAAUAUACAGUAAUGAUUAAACCCUGCAAGAAGACGUACUUGUACUAUCUAUCAUCAUUCUUUCUGUGUUGAUAUAUUGUAUGAAAUUUAAAUAAGAAAAAUAUUUUUUAUUUAAUUUUAUUUUGCAUGGACACAAAUUUAGCUGAAUUGAAAAAAAAAGAAAUUAUUUUCAUGAGGCUGCAACUUGCAAAAAAAAAGAAGAAAAAAGAAAUUAAACAGAUCAGCCAUUUUCAACAAUUUAUAUUAUUUUUAAAGAUAAAUUUCACUAGUGCAUGGUUUUCAAGGGGAGUGAAUGCAACAGCGUGAUUAAAACAAAAAAAAGACAUGUUGUUUAUCAUUAUUUAGACCAUCCACUCGUCUGUACUUUGCAGACUUACAGAAAAGGGAAACUUAAAGGAAAUGUUUCGAGUUAUUAAACAAAGAAAAUGUUCAUGUGACAAAAAGUGAUGAUGAAAAUAAAUGUAAAUUAUCUCGUUGUAAAAGGCACGCGCCUUUUUAAAGAUGAACAUUAUGUGCAAAUUGUACAUGUUUCUCUUUUUCUCCGUCGUCCCAGGGUACUAACCAUCGUACUUUUCACCGUUCCCAUCAUCCGGUCCCCCGAUGUUGUCCAGACUUUAGGACCGCUGGUUAUUUUACAGUUCUGUAUUGUUUCAGUAUGUAUUUUCUUUUGGAUUUGAUUUGUUUAACAAGCAUGUUGAAAAGGGUUUUCUGCAACAUGGCUUGGGCACACCUUCCAGUAACUCAGCAUGUUUUGAUAGAGAUGAUAUUUGGGAUUUUUGCAGUUUCUUGUACAGUGCAUGUCAACAUCAUUACUUUUCUCCCUCACCUUGGAUUGAAUUCUACAACAAAUUAGUUGUCGCUCUUUCACGACUAAUUAUUGACGUUUCAACAAAACAUUCCACCCCCCCGAGAUCAUAUUUUAUUUCAGGUUUUUGAGAAGAAAAAAAAAAUACGCGUGACAUGGAAAAAAAUAUUUUGUAUUUAACGGAGGUUGACAAAAACAAAACGGAAAAAAAACAAAAACAGAUGUGAUUGCAAGUGUAUUUAUUUCAGUAUUGUUGACUAACAUGCAAAAAUAAUCUGUACUGGUACAGGAAGAGGUCUUUACCCAAUCAGCAGGCAGCAAAUGUGCACCGCUGCCCAAUCCGCUCCACCUCACAGCCACCGUGGGUGGAGACGAGCUCAUCCCAAGGUCAAAUAGCAAAGGAUAUUGCCACACAAAAUGUUUCUUUUUUUCUUGUUUAAUCAAAAUGAAAUUAAUUUUCUCUAUUUUUUUUAAUUUAUUUAAAAGCCAAGACCAGUUUAUUUUUCAUUUUCUAUAUUUAGUAAAUAUAAGCACUUCUCCUAUCUGGGAAGUAUAUGAAUCUUAUAGUUGCAGUACGCCUGAAUGGAAUACUAUUGAGGCAAUAUUCCUUUUCUAUAUUAAGACAAUUCAUUUUAAUGUCCAUGGAGAAACUUGUUGCUGUAACAAGCUAUUUAUUUUCACUUUGAUUUUCGUUGUACAUACCUGUAGAUGUCAGAGUUUGAAUAAACGAGCUAACAUGAGCAGACUGAUGGAGUCUUUUGGAAUGGGAAUAUCGCCUCACAUGAUAACAGACACAUGUUAUUUAUCCUUUUGAAUGCCUUUUCAUUUCAUUUUAUUUAUUUUAUUUUACUUUUUUUUUGGUGCAAUGUGUUAAUGCCAAGGCUAUGUCUUGGCAAAGUAUGGUUGAGUACAGAGAUUUACGUGAGUUAUUUUUCAAAUU